AUGGCAGACCUCGGCACAGUCGUCGGCGUGGUGUCACUCUCACUUCAAGUCUUUGAAUAUGUGCACACCUACGUCGACGCCCUGCAGGGCCGGAAAGAGGACCUCGCGUCCACCACUCGUCACUGCGAAACCAUGCACAGACUCUUGGAACAGACGAAGACCUUGCAAGAAAAGUAUUCGACGUCUCCCAACCUUAGCAGCGUAGCAGUCAAGCAGGCCGUGUCAGCGACCGUCACGGAAAUGACGCUGCUUCGGGACCUGGUUGCUAAGAUCGCCCCCGACCAUUCGCAACCGAAGUCGAUAGCGGGGCGGUUAGACAAGCAGAAGCAGCGCAUGCUCUAUCCAUUCCGACGACCACACUUGGAACAGCUCGAUGAGCGAUUGGCCAGGGCUAAUGAGGCUCUCCAAAGCACGCUUCAGCUUGCAGUGUUGGAAACAACGACCGAGACCGGUGACUUUCUCAAAAACGUCCAGAUGGACCUAGAGUCAUCCCGCGUCGAGAUGAGCGACAAGCUCGAUAAUCUCCAAGACAUCUCCAAACAGGGACGCAACGCAAUCACCUCUUCUCUUGUUCAUGCCACCAGCGCCGACGACGCCAACGCAAGAGACACCAGUUCGGGCGUGCUUUCCUAG